AUCAUUUUGGGUCAAAGAUAACAAAUCUGCUAGGCCGAAAAAAAAUGCAAAACAGUUUAUUAAACAAAGACUAGUACCAAAUAACUAUGAUUUUCAGUAUUUAUCAAUUAAAAAAAAAAUGUGCAAGGACUUAGAUGAUUAUUUUCAGGCUAGUGUCCGAGCAAAAAGGUCUGAAAAUACUUCUAACGUUUCAUCUUCAUCAUAUGAAACAAAUGAUGAAAUCAGAACUAGGCAGAAGAAGUAAACAAAAAGAGAACAUUAUAAAAUGGAGAAAAUUCAAAAAAAUAAAGCAAUUAAUAAACUACCAGCAUGGAGUCCAAAUUCCAUUGAUAGUCUAGGGUCAUGCAUGGACAUUGUAGAGAAUACUAAUUGUGAUGAUGAGUUCAAUAAUCUAGAUAACACACAAAUUGAUACUCCACCUUCUAGGAAUAACAUGAUUAUUGAUAAAAUAUUAUCGCCGAGCAACCAAUCAGUGAAGAGAAAACUAGAUUUCAAAGAUCGAUCUUUGAGCCCAGAAUUAAUACCAGCGGUCGAAGUAUUAAAUGCAGUUAAUACAAUUGAAGAAGUUAUUUAUACAUCCUCGUUGCCCUUUAAAGUCUCUAUGACCAAUGCUACAACAACUGACAACUCAGCAUUAGACAUACUGAAUAAGAUAAAUAGAACCAUAUUAAACACAUGGUAUGAAAUAAAGACUAUGACCGAAAGAAUAGAAAAUAUUGAAAAAUGUAUGACAAAUAAAACAAACAUAUUUGAAAUUCACGAAACAACAUUGCAAGGCAUUGAUCAUGUAUUACAACACAUACUUUGUAAUUUACCAUUGAAAACAGAAGAGGAUCUUACAAUAUUUGAAGAAAAAUUACUUGAUAUGCAGUUAAAAAAGAAAAUGAAUUUAGUUACAAAGGGCAAAAAAAGAAAAAGGUGUUCUCAGUCUUGGCCACUUGUUCCUUAAUAUUUGAAUCAAUAAAUAAAAUUAGGAAGUUUAAAAAUUGCAACACAAUUGAUGUUGAAACCCCUUUAAAAAUUUUUAUUGCUGGCGCCAAAUUCUGCAUAAAUCAACUUUAAUUGUAC